AUGCCGUCUGAUGAAACCAGAACGUGCUACUGCCAGAAGUAUUGCCAAGCUCCGCCAGAAGGUCGCAGUAUUCCAUUAUCGAGUUGGUAUCGACAUCAACGUGCCCUUAAAGAGCAAGGUGGAGAGGGUCGAGAGCCGCCAGAGUUUCGAAGGCGACGAAAGACUCAGUUGAGGAAUGCUACAAAUGGCGAGGCUGAAGCAAGUUCUAGUACUGCUAAACACAACAACAUUGUCGUUCAUACUCAAACCGAAGACAACGGUGGGCUCGACAACAACAAUCUUACCUUUGAACACGACUCCGUUCCAACUCAGUCUUUCGAGAAUAUGUUCAACGACCACUCCUUUCCUCCUGAAGAUUCCGGACACAACAUUGAGGAGGAGAGUGUAGAACCUGGCGAUGAUUUCAACCUUGAUGGAGAAGCAAUGGUCCCGGCAACGUCAAUUACAUUAGAUGACCUCUUGGGGCACGAAGAACUGCUGGAACAGAUCCGGUCCUACGACUUCGAAGCCGAGAAGGAACAAUGGACUGAUGCUGAAUUCGACUGCUUCGUAAACCCACCCGAAGGCAUUUGGGCUACUGACGACCCCGAUAUUAAAUUUUCAUUCCAGUGUUAUCUCUCCCUCUCAGCCCACUGCUCCGAAAAUGCGUAUAAAGCAGUCCGCCAGUUCGUGCUGGAACGGUUUCCUGACAGCAAGAUGUUGUCUUUCGAGCAAGUACAAACUCGGCUACGUACGUUCACAGGGGUUUUACCUUUGCAAUUCGACAUGUGCCUUAACUCAUGCAUGGCGUUUACUGGGCCAUAUUCUGGACUCGAGGCGUGCAGCUACUGCGGUGAGGCACGAUACAAGGCUCCCGAUUCCCUAGUUCCUCGCCGUCGCUUCACGACUCUACCACUUGGUCCUCAACUUCAAGCCUUGUGGAGACAUCCCAAAUCUGUUGCCAAGGUACGAGAAAGACUUGCUCGUACCGAAACGCUGCUGGCCGAACGUGCAAGCGGAGGCGUCAAACUGUUUGACGACAUUUAUUGUGGUUCUGAGUACUUGGAUCUGGUCUCCUCGGGGGAGCUCAAGAAGGACGACAUGUUGAUCGCUAUCUCGAUGGAUGGUGCUCAGCUGUAUCGUGAUAAGGAAUCCGAUACGUGGUUCGGUAUUGCGACGGUCCUCGAUUUUCCAGGGGAGAUUCGACACAAGAAGGAAAAUGUACUUCCCCUCUUCACUAUUGGCGGCCCUAACGCACCUAAAGACUAUGACUCGUUUCUCUUUCCAACAUUUGCUCAUCUCUCUGCCUGCCAAAAGUCUGGGAUACGGAUUCGGAAUGUGGAACAGGGCAUGUCAUAUGUAUCGCACCCUUGGUUUGCCUUCGGCAUGGCGGAUACUGUAGGGAUGGCGGAGCUGAGUGGUUCGGUCGGUCACCACGGUCGCAACGGUUGUCGACUCAUGUGUCUAAUGCCUGGCAGACACAAACCCGGAGUAGGAAUGUAUUAUCCAGCGAUGCUCCGGCCGCAUGGCGACAAUCUACCAAAAGGUUCCCGUCAUGAUAAUAUUGACGUUAACACGAUCCGGAGUCGGACUGCGAAGGAGUACGAUGAUCAAGUUUGUUAUGUCCUGUCCUCCAAAACAACACGCGAGUACCAAAGGCGUCGAAAGGAGACUGGCAUUUGUAGACGUUCGAUUGUUUCCUCACUUCCCAAAGCCAUUCCAGCACCCAGAUCGUUACCAACCGAUGUCAUGCACCUGUUCUACAACCUUGUUCAGUUGCUGUCAUCCUCUUGGCGAGGGGCGAUGGAUCACGCUGCUGAUGAUCACCCUGGAUCUUGGCCCUUCGCAGUUCUUUUCGAUAAAGCUGUCUGGCGAGCUCACGGUCAACAGGUUGGUGACGCUCGAAAGUAUAUUCCAGUAUGCUUGGAGGCCCGAACACCAAGGAAUCCAGCUGAGAAGAUCAAUAGUGGAUACAAGAUUGUGGAAUAUCUGGUUUACAUUUUUGGACUCUGCCCAGCUCUGCUUUACGGUCUCCUUCCAGAACCCUUUUACGGACAUUUCUGCAAGCUUGUCUUUGCGGCUCGGGUCCUUCACAGGCGCCGUAUCCAACGUCAAGACCUCGCUAACGUACAUCAAACAUUCCUGCAGUGGGUCGUUGAAUUUGAACUUCUGUACGUGAAAAGGGACAUGAAACGACUUCACUUUGUCCGACCCUGUGUUCACGCUCUCACCCAUCUUGUCCCUGAACUACUUCGGCUUGGCUCGCUCCUGGAACUCUCUCAAUAUACGAUGGAAUGUACAAUCGGGAACCUCGUUCAAGAACUGCGAUUACAUUCAAACCCGUAUGAAAACAUUAGCCAGAGGAUCAUCGAGCGAGCUCGGGUCAAUGCCCUUCACGCGAUGGCCCCAAAUCUAUUCUCAGAUGACCCUAUGCUCAAACUACCCCGAAAUCACCUUGACAUCGGCAAUGGGUACAUUUUACUCUGCCCUCAAGAGCUUCACGACAUGGACUCAGAUGUUGUGAGGGCAUUCCGUAACUUCGCACACCAACAGAAAUGGCAAAUUGGUUCUCAACUUGGACCUACUGUCUCCCGCUUUGCUCGCCUUUCUCUGCCAAAUGGACAGAUCAUACGGUCGUUAUGGCAAGAAGGGAAGCGAGCUGAUAACGAAGUACGUCGAGCACGGAACAUCAAGUUUGCCUUCCACGGUCAGUACCACUUUGCGGAGGUGGUAUAUUUUUUCCUCGUUGAGAACGGCAAUACGCGAUAUACUCUGGCGGCUGUCCGUCUCUACUCAGACCCAGAUCCCGAUCUUCUCCAGGAGUCGUACAAUACGCUACAGGUGUGCAAGCUGCUAGGAGAUGAGGGAAUGAAGAUAAUCAAUGCAAAAUGGAUAGAUUCCGUCAUUGGAAUGAUUCCAUUCCAACGGCAUGGAGUUGAAUGGGACAGUUCAGAAUUUUUUGUACUUGAAAAGCUGAGUCCUUCACAUGUACAAAAUACAAUCAAUGAGGAUCAACCAGUAAAUUAG